CGAGCGAGAAGCGACUCCAACGGCCAGGGGAGUGAUCCUUGGCCACCGGGUCCUCUCUCCCUCUCCGCAGCGUCGUCGGGCCAGAUCAUGGCUUCCAGCGGCGGGUCCGACCGUCUGGAUGCGACAGAGGUCCCAUCCCCACCCCUCGCCCUCAUUUCCUCCCGAGUAAAGUCCGCCGGCGCUCUGGAGACCUGCGCCAACUUCGAGACGGCAACUGUGCGCUACGCGUACGAGACUACGAGCCCUAGUCGACUCCUGAGGGCGGUGGGAGAGAGAUUGAGGGGCAGGAAGGCGCUCAGCGUUGCUCUGGUCGUCCACGGGAGUCCAGGCUGCUUCAAACUCUGCUCACAGAAGACUGUGACGUGUGCAAGUUUUAGAGAAGACGAGGAGCUUCGCAAGUUCUUUGAGACUCUUGUCUCCAGCUAUCUUCACAGCCACAGCCAGUAUGCCAGAAUCGACAUUCUCAACUGUCCAGUUGCACAGAAUCAAGAGGGGGAGCAGUUGAUAUCAGACAUGGAGAGCCUACUGGGAGUCCCCGUGUUUGCCUACAGUGAUAUACAGGGAGCUCAGAUCACUGAGGCUGGUUCUACUGAAACUGGCAGGUAUUCAAGGAUUGGUACUCUGUAUUUCGACACCGAGAAGCUGAAGGAUUGGUCGGCGACUGCUCACCAGACGAUGGCACUGUUUGAGAGAAUUAGAACAGUUGGCAAAGGGGCAUAUGGGGCAGCAGUGCUCUACCGUAAGAAGGAUGACGGGUCUCACGUGAUUCUGAAGGAGAUAAACUUGAUGGACCUGACCAAGACUGAGCGCUACUCUGCCAUGAACGAGGCUCAGAUCCUCAGUCGACUCGACCAUCCCAACAUCAUCAGCUACUACGACAACUUUGAGGAGGAUGGAGUCCUGAUGAUUGAGAUGGAGUAUGCUGACGGAGGGACUCUGGCCCAGUUUCUGCAGAAGCAGAUGGGUCAGAACAAGACGCUGACGGAGAAGGAUGUGGUGACCAUGUUCUCACAGAUGGUGGACGCUCUCAAGUAUCUCCACGACCACAACAUACUGCACAGGGAUCUAAAGACUGCCAAUGUGUUUCUGACCAAGGAAGGGAUUGUGAAGUUGGGAGACUUUGGGAUCUCCAAGAUCCUGUCAGCCACAUGUCCAGAGGCCAACACGGUGCUGGGCACUCCCUACUACAUCUCUCCUGAGAUUUGUGAAGGGAAACACUAUGAUGCUAAAUCAGACAUCUGGGCACUGGGCUGCAUCCUGUACGAGAUGGUGUGCCUCCAGAAGACUUUCGAAGGGACCAAUCUCCCAGUUCUGGUCCAUAAGAUUGUGGAGGUGUCCUUUGCACCCGUGAAAGGGGACUACAGCGACUACUUGAAGCAACUGAUAACCGAAAUGUUGAGUAAGAAUCCGGAAGACAGACCAUCGGCCAAGGAGAUCUUCACCACCUCCCUGCCUCUCCUGGCCAGUCAGUUUGCCUCUGAUGACUACGAUGACAGCGAGGACAAAGAUGAGACGGAAAAGACUCACACCAAAUCUCUUCUCUACUAUCUGGACGGAGUUUCUCUACUGCUUCACCACAUUCCGGCAACAUUCCAGAUGCGACUGGACCACAUCGCCGUUGGUUACGGCCACGCCCUCGCUCUGGCAGACGAGGGAAUGGUGUUCAGCUGGGGGGUGGGGUCAAGAGGUCAAUUGGGUCACGGGGACAGAGAAAUGAAGAGGAGCCCCUUAAUCAUUGAGUCAGUCAAAGGCAAACGGAUUGUCAGAGUUGAGUGUGGAGGGGAGUACAGUGUCCUGGUGACAGACAACGGGAUUCUCAUGACGUGUGGCCGUGGCAACCGAGGGGUACAAGGUCACCACGACAACCAGGACUGUCUCAAGCCAAAGCUGGUGGAGGAUCUCAUCACACACGAUGUGGUUCAGGUGGGGUGUGGGGAGAGUCACAUUGCAGUAGUGACAUCAGAUAACAGAGUCCUUGUUUGGGGGGCGGGGCAACACGGACAACUGGGCACCGGGGACGAGGAGGACAGGUGAGGAGAGAAAGGGGUUAAUCUAAAAACGCCUGUGUGUCAUCAUUGUCGAUAUAUAUAGCAGAAAGUAAAACUCAUGAGUUGCAGA